AUGACUACACAAGUACGCAAAGUAUGGGUAGCGGACAAAGCAGGAACUUUUGCAAAUCUUAAACAAGAAAAGGAAGAAUUGCCACCGCCUCCUCCUGAACAUAUUCGCAUUAAGGUUAAAUUUAUAGGACUUAACUAUGCAGACAUAUUUUUAAUACUUGGUCUUUACUCAGCUGUUCCUGAGGGAAAAUUGACUCCGGGCUUUGAAUAUUCGGGAAUAGUUGAGAGUGUAGGCGAUGGUAUUUCUGAAGACUGGAUAGGAAAACGCGUUUACGGAGCUGCAAGGUUUGGUAGUUACGCGACUUAUAUUAAUGUGCCAAUAGUCUAUGUUAGGGAAAUACCAAAGGAUUGGACUGAUAAGCAGGCUUGUGCCUUUAUCGUCCAAACACUAACUGUUUACUAUGCACUCGAAGAGCUUGGACGAUUUAAACCAAAUAAUAAUGUUUUAGUACACUCAGCUGCAGGAGGAUGUGGUUUAGCAGCACUUUCCAUUCUUAGCAAGAAAUCGGCAAAAGUUGUGGGCACAGUUGGUACAUUAUCAAAGCUAGACUUUUUAAAUCAAAAAUAUGGAGAAAAUCCGAAUUUUACGUUUAUUCUUCGGGAACCAGCUAAAGAUUUUGAAAGCCGAGCAAAGAGAGCUUUGUUAAAGAUAGAUCAAGAAGAUUUAUUUGACAUAGUGUUAGAUAGUGUAAUGGGGGAUUGGUUUUGGCCAAAUUAUAAUUUACUGAAAAAAGAGGGUAAACUAGUUCUAUAUGGAUCAGCAAGUUUUACACCAACAGGAAAUUUACAUCCCGUAUGGAAUGUAAUUCAAUGGAUAAAAUUGGGAUGGAAAUACAUUUGGAGGCCAAAAAUUGAUCCUAUGCAAAUUGUUAAGGAUAAUAAAUCUCUCUCUGGUUUCAAUUUAAUCCAUCUAUAUGAACGUGAAGAAUGGUUGAAUCAAAUAUUUGGUAAACUUCAGACUUUAGAAUUGGAACCGCCGUCAAAUAUACACGAAUUUAGUUUCGAUCAAGCUAUAGAAGCAUUGACAUAUUUAAAAUCAGGAAAAAGUAUCGGUAAAAUUGUUCUUAGUGUGCAGCAUUAA